AUGGCUAAAUACGCAAUCAUAGGAUCUGGAAUUAUUGGUUUAUACACUGCCUACGAAUUGCUAGAGGCGGGUGUCAGUGGCGGCGAUGUCAAGAUCACUGCUCAAUUCUUACCUGGAGAUGAAUCCAUCAAGUUCACCUCUCCGUAUGCUGGAGGAAACUUCUCUUGCAUCACGGGCAACGACCAAGACACAUUGCAAUUUGACAAAGUAACAUAUUUGAACCUUGGAAAGAUUCAGAAAAAGUUGGGUGGUGCUGAGUGUGGAUUGGAUAGAAUGCCAUCCACUGAGUAUUGGGACUCAGCUCCACCCAAGCAAAAAAUCGCGUCUUUGAAGAGCUACUUGGACGGAUACCAGGAAGUAUCUCCAUCGGAAUUACCUUUGGGAGUAUCUUUUGGAAUCAAGUUUCUAACAUGGAACUUCAAUUGUCCGAAGUUCUUGCUGUCCAUGCAGAAGUACUUAGCUGGCCAAGGUGUGCAAUUUGAAAGACGUAAACUCAGCCACAUCUCACAGGGAUUUUCCACUGGCGUCAAAUUUGUAUUCAAUUGCACUGGUAUUGGAGCCCGUAGUAUAGGCGGUGUGGAGGACACAAAGGUGUACCCUACAAGAGGUCAAGUAUUGGUUGUGAAGGCUCCACAUAUCAACGAAAACGUUAUGAGAUGGGGAGAUGACUAUGCCACUUAUAUUAUCAAGAGACCGUACUCGAAUGAUCAUCUUGUUUUGGGUGGGUUCCUCCAGAAAGACGACUGGACUCCAGACACUAUCAAAGAACAGAACGUGGACAUCUUGCAGAGAACAACCACGCUCUUGCCCAAAAUCCUUGAGAAGAAUCCUUCUGGACAGAAAAUUGAAAAUUUGGAAGUUGUUAGGGCUGCUGCAGGCUUACGGCCUAGUCGUCAUGGUGGUGUACGCAUUGAAGAAGAGCCAAUUGAUGAAGGUAAAGUUGUUAUCCACAAUUAUGGAGCCAGUGGGUAUGGAUACCAAGCAGGAUUUGGCAUGGCCAAAAAAGCUGUUGGCAUGGUGUUAAACAAAUCCAAGUUGUAG